AGGCUACAUAUAUAAGUACGUGUGUGUUAAACUUUCUCAAACCCAAACCCCCACACAGAAUCAAACCCCAUUUCUAAACCUUGUUUUUAUUUGCAUUAACUAGUUCAAAAAAUCAAACAAUCUAAUGGAAGGAGUAAAUAAAGAACAUGAAAGCUUCAAGGAGAAGGAGGUGAACAACAUGAAAUCUUAUACUGCAAAGGAUGAUGUUGUUCAUCAACCUUCCCAAAAACAAGGUGAUGAAGGCUCCGAAGAUGGAGAUAAGUCUGGUACAACUCUACCGGUAAAGCCUGUCGAAAAGGGGUCUCCAGACCAGUCUGAGGUUCGAGUUCCAACACAAAAUAAAUCAAAUCCGAGUGUUGAGACAGUCGAGGAUAUGGUUUUCUAUCCAAGACCACUUCCUCCAUCGCCAAACUCCAAGCCUUCUGGUAAAAAAGUGUGCUUCUGUGGAUGUAGCAUUUCAUGAUUCCCUAGUUUCAUCACUUUCUCACCUUUUCAUCUUAAUAUCUUAUAUUACUAAAUUACUACAUAGUUUCAACAUUAAAUAGUCUGUUUUUCCCGUAUCCUCAUUUCUGCAUUAAUAUAGGUUCAUAUAACUUUGAUUUUUAUUUUUUUUGUUUCUGUUUCUCCAUAUAUGAUCAUGUCCUUAUAUAAUUACAAACCCCUUUUUUCA